UAGGUAUAAUUAGUGUGUGUUAAGUCCUUAUUGACUUCAGAACAGCCUUAGUUGUCACACUCAAGAACCCAGUCUGACAUUAUUUGGGCUUUACCUCACGACGGAUUAUCCUGAAGAAGAUGCCUGCGCAUCAGCAAUAAUACUUGGGUAGACUGGUGUUUAACAGUGUUGAGCAGGCAUUAAGGAGCUCUUCUGCAGACAGUUUAAAGCAGUCUGGUCGUUCUCCCCUUACUCCUGCCACAGCUGCUUUCACCAGAAAGCUGCUCACUGAAUAUUUCUUCUUUUUCAGAGGAUUCUCUGUAAGUGUGUGUGUGUGUGUGUGUGUGUGUGUUAAAGAUGCCACAAAUAGUCAGUUGUACACGUACACCUAAUAAAAUGAUCUGUGUGUGUACACACAUAUAAGUUCAGACUCAGACAGGUACCCUGGAGUCUGGAGUGGUAUGACUUCACACAAAUAUUAGGAACAUGUGGGUGUCCUAGCGACUGGAGGCACUAUCUGAUGUCCUUACUUGCUUCUCUUGAGCUGUCGACUGUGUACACAGUAAGUCAGCUGAUGAGGGUUACUGGAGAUCAGUGGAUUAGUGUCCCAGGUGGUUCUCUAAGUGAUGAGUGAUACAUCACAAACUGAGUGACUGCAGCUCUGACAACACAAAGACACAAGGGUAAGCUUUUUUCUUAUUUUAAACAGUGUAUUUCAUUAGCUCGCUCUCUCUCUCUCUCUCUCUCUCUCUCCCUCCCUAUACAUAUACAUAUGUAUAUGUGUAUAUAUAUAUCUAUAUGUGUGUAUAUAUAUAUAUGUAUGUAUGUAUGUAUGUGUAUGCAGUUUUCUGAAAGAGUUGGGGAUUUAGAGCGCAUUUUAUUGUAUUUAUGGAAGGCACAUAGCCUGCUAUGUGCCUUCCCUAGUGACAUAAAGAGUAGUGAGUGUGCAGCAUCAGAUAAUUAUACUUGUCUUAACAAGUCUUGCACAGCUUUUGAACUUAGAAAUAGUCAUAUAUACAUUUGUUCUUAUUUGUUCAGCAGCAAAAAGCGUCAGAGGUGACACACAAAGCCUCUCCAGCAUCUGUGCUCUUUGGUGUUGCGAGUCCUCGGCCAUCUGUCUGCUGGCUGGGCUGUGUCAUUAUGCUGCAAAAACCUGAUUAGUGCUGAGUGCACAGAGCUUUCUGUACCAUCUCUCUCUCUCUUGCACACACACAUAAACACCUACAGACACACUGUAGGUUUGUAUGUGUUUGUGAAAGAAGCCGUCCGUUCUCUAAUCUGAGCUUGAGAUGACAGAAAGGAAAAGCUCAUGAUGACGGUUUUCUAGGAAAACCCUUUCUCGCUGCUUCAUGCUCUACUGUUUAUGAAUGUGAUCAACACUUCAGCAGAGCUCCUCUUCAUUCUUGUUUUCCGGAUAUAAGUAGUUUCUAUGAGCCUAGAGGAGGAUAACAGAGGCUGCAUCAUUUCUACUGAUGCAGAGUAAUGAUAGAGUCAUGGUACCUGUGUUCUGAUGCCUGAGAAAUGGAUUAGUUGAGUGUUGUUGGCAGUCUGACAUCUUUAUUCAAGCCUGACUGAGCAUGGAGAACAAAACCACCCUAAAGACCACAACCGUACCUUACAACAAAAGAUUGUACUGUUUGACAAAAAGAGUAGUUGAAGGAAGAUUUAUGGAUUGAUUGUGCUGAUGAUGACAACCUGUACUCACUGAACAGUUUCGACUUCUGAUGUGCGUCACCUUUAUGAAGGUGAAAAUAGCCUGCUGAAGUUUAGUGGAAUCCCCUCUGUGGAGGACAGGCGGAAGACUGGAUUUGGACUUUGUAGGGCAGACUUAUUACUGUAGAAUCUAAACAUUCAACAGUUGUUGAUCCAAAGUAACACUCAAAGCAGUGAUGCUCUUACCUUUCUUCACAUGCUGUAAAAAGUAAAUGCAAAAAGCAUUAAAAGAACUGAUUAUAACCCAGUUAUCACAUAAUGUUAAUUGUUUUUAUAACUUUAUUUAAUAUAUUAGCAAUAACAAUAAUGUUUGACAGAUUACAGAGAGAAAAAAGAGUCAGUGUUUUAUUUGGCCUAAUGGAAAUCUUCAGGCUUCUCAUGGAAGGUAUCAUCAUGGACUCUAAUAUAAAACCAGAAAAUAUUGAAAGGUCAGCAGAAGUGGACUGCACACUUCUGGAAUUAGAGCGAAGGGGUUAGAACAGUCCCACUGCCUGAACGCUGCAGCUUUCUGAGCUCACUGAAAUACAGAUUGUUGUGUUUCCUUUUAGGGAGCACGGCAGUCCACACUACAGAUCCACAACUGGAGGGAUUGUGUGAGUUCUUCUAUGGCUGACUUAUCUUUGUUUUUCUCAGUGGACUGAGCAGUAUGGAUGGUGUACCUCUGAGGGUGCCUCAGAGUGCUUCCUUUCAGGAACUAAAAUAUUCUGUCAGUAUGACUGUCCCUGACUACUUCAACAUCCUGCAGGAAACAGAGUAUGGAUUCAGUCUGGAGAACUGGGUGCUAACUGGGCUGCAAAGUGGCUUUGCCACCCAGCACCAGCUUAACCCCUCUUUCUCUUCAUCAAGCCUGCUGUCAUCUUGUCCACCAUACUGGAUGCUGUUUAGCAGCCCACAACAGAAUGCCAGUCGACAGAGCUUGGACUUCUGCGAGCCCAGCCCUCGGCAGCGGUCCCACAGCCUCAACUCCUCCAUCCUGCGCACCAAGUUUACCAUCUCACCUUCAGAUGACAAAGAGGACACUACACAGAAAGCCAAGACGAGUUCCAUAGUGAAAGUGAGUCCGGGGGAACAGCGUCCUUCUGCAAACUGUCAGCGUGGUCAGAGGAAAGCACAGAAGGCCUUUGUCCCUGACCUGCUGAACCCCCCGGCCUGUCUGAGCAGCCUGCCCCACCAGCGCAGAAAGAACCUGCGUCAGUGUUCACUGUCACUGCUUGACACGCCCACACAACAAGAUCCCAACACAGAGACUUAUCCCCAGAGCACUUCAUCACACACAGCCUCGGACAUGAGGAUCCCUUACACCAGAACUAGCACAGCCAGCAUGAUAUUCAGACCAGACACCUGUAGAAACCCCGCUGUCAUCUCAGGGCCGAGGGGUUUGUCCUCCUUUGCUUUGGACUCUACAGCAGAACUCCUGUCAGCUCUAAACCCAGAGGAGAGAGAGUUGCUGGAGGCCAUCACUGCAAGGGGCUACUCUCUUCAUACUGCCAUCACUGCUCUUCAGAGGACAGGACAGCAGACCCCAGAUGAGAUCUUGAGUUAUCUGGUGGCGUUUGACCACCUGUGUCAGCUGGGUUAUGACAUGUCCCAGGUGGAAGAGGCCUUGGAGAUGUUUCAAAACUGUGAAACAAAGGCGAAGGAGUUCCUACACCUGCUGAAUCAGUUCAAUGAGAUGGGCUUUCAGAAGAAUGCCAUCAAAGAAGUGCUGCUGGUUCAUGAAAACCACCGAGAUCGGGCCCUGGAGGAGCUUAUGAUGCGUGUGUCCUGAUAAAACACACACACUUUUCACAUUGAUAUCUUGCAGACAAUCAUCUGUAUUCUAAAAACUGCAGUCAUAUCUGACCUUGUGCUGGUAUGAAACAGCUACACACAUAUAGUUGAUGCUGACACUGCAUUGUUAGAUGAUGAUCUAUUCAUAUUUCUGAAUUAACCCAUAUCUUCUUUACCAAUUUUUUAGAUUAGUUUUGGAACAAAAAUAAACUGAUUAAAGUCAUGCUGUGUCUAAAUUUUAAAGUGAUGCAAAUAUUUGUAGUAAUUGUGAACAAACUUAUUAAAAGUGUGACAUUAAUUUA